CUCAGCCACAGCCCCCAGCCUCGGCAUGGAGGGCAACAGUGGCCAGAUAUCCAGGCACUUACAGUCGGGGAGGAGGGCACCCGGGGCCCCUCCACUCGGGAAGGUGGGAGGUUUGGUGAGGAUCAGAACCGAGGUGCGGAGGAGGGAGUAAGGCGGCUGGAAAAAGGCCGUGGGACGGCCCUGCGCCCCCUGAGUGGUGCUCCCUGUGGCCCGGCUCCUGCUGCCCCAGUGAGUGAAUGGGCUCCUGCACUUCCAGAUGCUAGGGCCCCAUCUGCCUUGUAUUGUUUUCCUCACCUCUUGUGUUCCAGGGGUGUGUGUGUGUGUGUGUGUGCGCGCGUGCGCGCGCGUACGCAACAUCAUAACUAUAAUAAAAAGCAACUCUUAAAAAAUCACCCAUCCCAAUUUGGAUCCCCAGCACUUUGCUCCCCCUGCCCCAGAUAUGUCCCCACUUUGGGUGAAGGAGGUACCAGUAGUUCUGGUGUCUACUCCAGACUUUGAGCAAAGGAGAAGGACAAGGUGACAGGCGGUUGGGGUUGGGGAAGUGCUUUCCAUUUUGACAGGUUCACUGCAGAGGGUUCCUUCUUGCUUUGCCUCUAGCUUUUGUUUGGGGUGGAUGCUGCCAAGGAAGCCACCAGCAGCCUUUCCCUGGCCCUUUCUAGGAUAUCAAAGCUUCUUCCUUCUUGGAACCCUUGAGAUUUGGGAGGCUGGGCUUUUCCUGAGACUCAGCCCAGAGGAGGGUGUGUUUACAAAUGCCUCUCCGGUACCUGGGUCAUCCUGGAAGCUUCACCACUUAGCAAAUGUGUGACCUGAGCCCCUCUGGUGAGAAGCAGAAGGUGAAAUUGUCACUUUGGGCUGCAACUGCUGUUGGUACCUUCUAAGAAGGCCGAGGGCUUCCGCUGCUCCCUGCCCCACCCUUCAGAGAUGGGCAGGUCGGGGUGAAGUGAGUGACCUGGGUGUGCUGUGUCUCCAAGAGUUCAAGGUGGAAAGCAGUGACACGCCAAAGGACCCUGCGGUACCCUCCAAGUCCCUGUCCAUGGCCCAGGACUCAGGCCCCUCAGAGCUGUUACCCAAUGGGGACUUGGAGAAACGGAGUGAGCCCCAGCCAGAGGAGGGGAGCCCCGCUGGGGGACAGAAGGGCGGGGCCCCUGCAGAGGGAGAGGGUACAGCCCAGACCCCGUCUGAAGCUUCCCGGGCAGUGGAGAAUGGCUGCUGCACCCCCAAGGAUGGCCGAGGAGCCCCUGCGGAGGAGGGCAAAGAACAGAAGGAGACCAACAUCGAAUCCAUGAAAAUGGAGGGCUCCCGGGGCCGGCUGCGGGGUGGCUUGGGCUGGGAGUCCAGCCUCCGCCAGCGGCCCAUGCCGCGGCUCACCUUCCAGGCGGGGGACCCUUACUACAUCAGCAAGCGCAAACGGGACGAGUGGCUGGCACGCUGGAAAAGGGAGGCCGAGAAGAAAGCCAAGGUAAUUGCAGUAAUGAAUGCUGUAGAAGAAAACCAGGGAUCCGGGGACUCUCAGAAGGUGGAGGAGGCCAGCCCUCCUGCUGUGCAGCAGCCCACUGACCCCGCAUCCCCUACUGUGGCCACCACACCUGAACCUGUGGGGGCUGAUGCCGGGGACAAGAAUGUCACCAAAGCAGCUGAUGAUGAACCAGAGUACGAGGAUGGCCGGGGCUUUGGCAUUGGGGAGCUCGUGUGGGGAAAACUGCGGGGCUUCUCCUGGUGGCCAGGCCGCAUUGUGUCUUGGUGGAUGACGGGCCGGAGCCGAGCAGCUGAAGGCACCCGUUGGGUCAUGUGGUUCGGAGAUGGCAAGUUCUCGGUGGUGUGUGUUGAGAAGCUGAUGCCGCUAAGCUCCUUCUGCAGUGCGUUCCACCAGGCCACCUACAACAAGCAGCCCAUGUACCGCAAGGCCAUUUACGAAGUUCUGCAGGUGGCCAGCAGCCGUGCAGGGAAGCUGUUCCCGGCAUGCCAUGACAACGACGAGAGCGACACAGCCAAGGCUGUGGAGGUGCAGAACAAACAGAUGAUUGAAUGGGCACUUGGGGGCUUCCAGCCCUCUGGCCCCAAGGGUCUGGAGCCACCAGAAGAGGAGAAGAAUCCCUACAAAGAAGUUUACACAGACAUGUGGGUUGAACCUGAGGCAGCUGCCUACGCACCACCCCCACCAGCCAAAAAGCCCCGAAAGAGCACAACCGAGAAGCCCAAGGUCAAGGAGAUCAUUGAUGAACGCACAAGAGAGCGGCUGGUAUAUGAGGUGCGGCAAAAGUGCCGGAACAUCGAGGACAUUUGCAUCUCUUGUGGGAGCCUCAACGUUACCCUGGAACACCCUCUGUUCAUUGGAGGAAUGUGCCAAAAUUGCAAGAACUGCUUCCUGGAGUGUGCGUACCAGUACGACGACGAUGGCUAUCAGUCCUACUGCACCAUCUGCUGCGGGGGGCGUGAGGUGCUCAUGUGUGGGAACAACAACUGCUGCAGGUGCUUUUGCGUGGAGUGUGUGGAUCUCUUGGUGGGGCCGGGGGCUGCCCAGGCAGCUAUUAAGGAAGACCCCUGGAACUGCUACAUGUGUGGGCACAAGGGCACCUACGGGCUGUUGCGGCGGCGGGACGACUGGCCCUCUCGGCUCCAGAUGUUCUUCGCCAACAACCACGACCAGGAAUUUGACCCUCCGAAGGUUUACCCACCCGUCCCAGCUGAGAAGAGGAAGCCCAUCCGGGUGCUGUCCCUGUUCGAUGGAAUUGCUACAGGGCUUCUGGUGCUGAAGGACUUGGGCAUCCAGGUGGACCGCUACAUUGCCUCGGAGGUGUGUGAGGACUCAAUCACAGUGGGCAUGGUGCGGCACCAGGGGAAGAUCAUGUACGUCGGCGACGUCCGCAGCGUCACCCAGAAGCAUAUCCAGGAGUGGGGCCCAUUCGAUCUGGUGAUUGGGGGCAGUCCCUGCAAUGACCUCUCCAUCGUCAACCCUGCCCGCAAGGGACUCUACGAGGGCACUGGCCGGCUCUUCUUUGAGUUCUACCGCCUCCUGCAUGAUGCGCGGCCCAAGGAGGGAGAUGACCGCCCCUUCUUCUGGCUCUUUGAGAAUGUGGUGGCCAUGGGCGUUAGUGACAAGAGGGACAUCUCGCGAUUUCUCGAGUCCAACCCUGUGAUGAUCGAUGCCAAAGAAGUGUCAGCUGCACACAGGGCCCGCUACUUCUGGGGGAACCUUCCCGGUAUGAACAGGCCGUUGGCGUCCACUAUGAACGAUAAGCUGGAGCUGCAGGAGUGUCUGGAGCAUGGCAGGAUAGCCAAGUUCAGCAAAGUGAGGACCAUUACUACUAGGUCAAACUCCAUAAAGCAGGGCAAAGACCAGCAUUUCCCCGUCUUCAUGAAUGAGAAAGAGGACAUCUUAUGGUGCACUGAAAUGGAAAGGGUGUUUGGCUUCCCUGUCCACUAUACCGACGUCUCCAACAUGAGCCGCUUGGCAAGGCAGAGACUGCUGGGCCGGUCGUGGAGCGUGCCAGUCAUCCGCCACCUCUUCGCUCCGCUGAAGGAGUAUUUUGCUUGUGUGUAAGGGACAUGAGGGCAAACUGAGGUAGUGACAAAGCUAAACAACAACAACAAAAAACAAACAUGAAAAACACAAAACAAAACACCAAGGACAUGAGGAUGGAGAGAAGUAUCAGCACCCAGAAGAGAAAAAGGAACUUAAAACAAAACCA